AUGGGUAAGGAUCAUGGCAACAUUUUGGCUUGGAUGAGAAAGAAAUGGUUUCUUUGGUUUUUGAAGGUAGGGAUUAUGGGGCUGAUCAUGUUUGCCAAUGUGACAUCUGAGGAUCAAAUCGGGGUUCCUUCAACCAACACACUAUGCAUCAGUGAUUGUGCCACAUGUCCUGUAAUAUGUUCGCCGUCCCCGCCGCUGCUACAGUCACAUCCGCCACCAUCACCACCAGUGCACCACUCACAGCCACGGCCACGACCGCCACCACUAGAAGCAUCAGCCCCAAAAGCUUCUUCAUAUUCUUCAGUCCAACCUCCUCCACCGCCACCUUACAAGUACUUCAACAAUAUGCCUCCAGGUCCAGGGACACCUCCUACAACAUAUCCGCAUGACUACUCAUAUCCCUACUACUACUUUUACGCCUCCAAGGCUUCCUAUCUUUCACUUGAUGCUUCCUUUUUCUUCAUGUCACUUUCUCUUUCAUUUUGUGUUUUCUUGUUGGUGAGUAAAAGCCGGAUGCAAUUUGUUCCAUGGGAAAACAUAUAG